AUGGCUAGAGAAGAAGAUGAGAUUAUAAAGACAGAUGGAAUAGAAGAAGGGGAAGACGAAGUCCAAAGAAAUGGAGGUGGUGGAGGUGGAUUGAUUGACGAUGAUGCCGAAGUAUCGGACGAAGGAUCUGUAGACUCCUCAGACGAAGACGAUGAAGACGAUGAUGACGAGGAAGCAAUUCAAAAGGUUCGUGAAGGAUUCAUUGUUGAUGAUGACGAAGAAGAAGAUAACGUAAAGAGAAGUAGGAAGCACAAGAAGAGAAAGAGAAGAUCGGAAGAAGCAGAGCCCAAAGCUAAGUCCGAUAAUAAUGACAUUGAUGCCUUGGAUGAGGACGAUUUGGAAUUGUUAUUGGAGAAUUCAGGUGUCAGAAGAACAACUAAUGAACAAAAGAGCCAAGAGGGUAAAUUCAAGAGGCUUAAGAGAGCUCAGCAAGACGAAGCAGAAGCCGGCGAUGACGAAGACAACGUAAAGGCAAGCAGUCUCAAAUCCCAAAGAAGAAUAGCAGGAGGAUUAAACGAUAUGUUCUCAGACGAUGGUGAGGAUGAAGACCAGCUCGAAGACGAUGACGAUGAACAGCUUGUGCCAUCCACAGCUCAGAUGUCAAUCAGACCCACUGUAGGAGAUGACCGUAACAUCUUGGACGAGUUUGAAGACUUUAUUGAAGAUGAUGAGUUUUCUGAAGAGGACGAAGACCGUAAGCGUCAACUUGAAAAGCAAAGGGCUGCUCAAAGAGCUCAGAGGGCUGGUCCAAGGUUAGACACCUCUAAGCUUUCCUCGGUUGACAGAGAGUCAUUGCAACAGUUAUUUGAAGUUUUCGGUAACGGUGCAGAGUACGAAUGGGCUUUGGAAGCUCAAGAAAUUGAGGAUGAUGGAAAUCGUGAGAAUGUAGAGCCAACUUCGUUGGAUGAGGUGUUCGAACAUGCAGAAUUGAAGGAAAGAAUGCUUACCGAGGAAGAUAACAUGAUCCGUAUUGUUGAUAUCCCAGAAAGAUACCAAAAGUACAGAUCCACCUUGAACUAUAAUGAUUUGGAAGGUUCUGAAUUGAUCAAUGAACAACAAUGGAUUUAUAAGUUGUUGUUAAAGGAGAAGAGAUCCAGUUUGAGUCCAGAAGUGGAAUCCGCCUUCAAAGAUGCUGUAUACAAGGUUGUUGAGUUUGUUUCCAAAGAUUGCUAUGAGGUCCCAUUUAUUUGGGCUCAUCGUAGAGAUUUCCUUCUCACCACCCUUGAUUCUGUGGAUCCCAUUGAUGGCAGCGUUACCUCUCAAGUUCAUAAAUUGUUAUAUGAAGAUGAUUUGUGGAGAAUUGUUCAAUUGGAUAUUGAGUAUCACUCUCUUUAUGAAAAGAGAAUAAAUAUUGAAAGACUUAUUGAAAGUUUAGGAUUAGAAGGAGAUGAUCUCGUAAAAGAUAUUAAGAAUUUGGAAACAAUGGUUGCCAUUCAAGAUUUACAUGAUUACAUCAACUUCAAUUACUCAAGUGAAAUAAGAGAAAUCAGCAAGAAGGAAGAAGAAAGGAAAUUAGUUGCCGAAGAAGAGAACGAAGAGGAUGAAGAGGAAAAUCCAGCUUCCUCUUCUUCAACAUCUAAAUCUAAGAAACAUUCUAAAUUUGCAGUAUUCGAAAGGAUAAGGUCCAAUGUCUUGUACGAUGCUGUAAAAGCAUAUGGUAUUUCUGCCAAAGAAUUUGGUGAAAAUAUUCAGGAUCAAUCUUCUAAAGGAUUCGAGGUUCCUUAUCGUAUUCAUGCCACUGAUGACCCAUUGGAAUCACCUGAAGACUUGAUAGAAAAGAUCUGUGAAGAUGACGAAAUCUUAUUUAAAGAUCCUGCUAACGCAAUUCAGGCAGUCAGAAAGACUUUCGCUGAAGAAAUCUUCCACAAUCCAAAAAUUAGACACGAAGUUAGAACUACUUACAAAGAUUUUGCAUUAGUGAGUUGUACUGUUACAGAAAGAGGUAAGAUAAUUAUUGACAAUCACUCCAAGUACGCCGAUUUGAAGUAUGCCAUUAAUAGGAGCCCUUCAGAUUUGGUCAGUAAUCCCGAUGUGUUUUUACGUAUGUUAGAAGCUGAAGCAUUGGGAUUAUUGGUGGUCCAUAUUGAAACCAAAGAUUAUAAGAAUUGGUUCCAGUGUAUCUUCAAUUGUCUUAUUUCUGAUGGUUCUUCCGAUAUCAGUGAACAGUGGAACAAGGAAAGAGAGAUUGUUCUUGAACUUGCAUUUAAGAGAUUGACCUCCAUGGUUGCAUUAAACACCAAGGAAGAUUUAAGAAGAGAAUGUGAAAGAUUAAUCUCGGCUGAGGUUAGGAGGAAUGUGUUAGAUAAAGUUGAUCAAGCCCCAUACACUCCUCUUGGCUUUGACAAAGGUACUAAACCGAAUGUUUUAGCAAUUUCCUUCGGUAAAGGUGACUUUGAAAGUGCAGUAUUGGGGGUUUAUGUUAAAGAAAACGGGAAAGUUGACGAAUUUUUUAAGAGUGAUUGUAAUCCUAUCAGAGAUAGAGAAAACGAAGAAAAGUUUGCAGGUCAAUUGAAAGAAUUCUUCGAAAGAACAUUGAAAGGACAAGUUCCAGACGUCAUUGUUGUUCUGGGUUUCAAUGCAACUUCUAAGAGGUUAUUCGAUAGCGUAAAGAACUUUGUCAGCAACAACAAUGUCACAGUUAGUGUUGAAGAUGAUGAAUUAGGAAAGAGAGCAGUACUAAUUCCUGUGAUUUGGGGUCAAGACGAAACUGCAAGAUUAUAUCAAAAUUCUGAAAGGGCGAGACAAGAGUUCAUUGAUAAAUCUGCAUUGGCUAAAUAUUGUGUUGCCUUAGCUCGUUAUGUUCAAAGUCCAUUACUAGAAUAUAUUUCACUUGGCGAAGAUAUUUUGAGUUUGACCUUCUGUGAAAAUCAAAAGUUAAUUUCGAAUGACCAAAUAAUGGAAGCAAUUGAAACAGUCUUCGUAGAUAUUGUGAAUAUGGUUGGUGUUGAAAUAAAUGAAGCACUUAGGGAUCCACUCACUGCUAAAUUAUUACCUUACGUUGGUGGUUUGGGUCCAAGAAAAGCUCUGGGAUUGAUAAGAAACAUUAAUGGUAAAUUAGGAGGUUCAUUAAUUAAUAGAAGUGAUCUUAUUGAACACGAAUUGACAACUGCCAACAUUUUCAUUAAUUGUUCAUCAUUCUUGAAUAUUCCAUUCGAUGAAGGUGUUUCUAUGAGAGACUCCUCAAUUGAAUUGUUGGAUGCUACAAGAAUCCAUCCUGAAGAUUAUGAUUUAGCAAGAAAGAUGGCUGCUGAUGCAUUGGACUUGGAUGAGGAAGAUAUGGUUCACGUCGAAGAACAAGGUGGUAUUAUAUAUCAAUUAAUCCAGGAUGGUGCUGGUAAAGUUGAUGAAUUGAAUUUGACUGCCUAUGGUAAGGAGUUGGAAAGUAAAUUUGGAAAGAAGAAAUAUACUACUUUACAAAGUAUCAAAGAAGAAUUGGUAAACAACUUUGAAGAGUUGAGAAGUGGUUUCCAUCUUUUAGAAGUAGAAGAAGUUUUCCAAAUGCUUACAGGUGAAACGACGAAGACAUUUGCUAAGAACAUUAGUGUUCCUGUUACAGUAAAUAAAGUUGUUAGACAAAACUCAAGGGGGGGUAACUAUGAAGAAGCUCCUGUGCGUUUCGCUAAGGUGACCUCUUCCACUUUGAUUCUGGGAAAUCUUGAAGAGAAUUACAUCCCAUCCGGAAUUAUUCUCAAUCAAGGGCAAGUUAUUCAAGUUGUUAUUGUUGAUGUCAGCUAUGAAUCAUUAACUGCUGACUUUUCACUUCUUGAAGAGGACUUGAAAAGGGCCAAUUUGCCCAAAUUUUAUAAAGAUCCUUUGAAAUGGAAUUUUGAAGCUGAAGAAGCGGACUAUCAGCGUGAACUUGCCAAAGAGAGAGCUCAACUUUCAAAGACGAGAAACAUUCAACAUCCAUUAUUCCAUAACUUCAAUCAUAAGCAAGCUGAAGAGUUCUUAGCUCCUCAAGCUGUUGGAGACUGUGUCUUAAGACCUUCGUCAAAAGGUCCUGAGUACUUAACUGUUACUUGGAAAGUCCACACCAACUUAUUCCAACAUCUUAGUAUUCAUGAAACUUCUAGGUCUGGAAUUAAACAAUAUAUUGUGGAAAAUCAAAAGUAUGAUGAUUUAGAUCAGUUGAUUUUCCAACAUAUUCAAGCAAUUGCCAAGCAUGUUGAUGAAAUGUGCCGCCAUCCUAAAUUCCGUGAAGGUACUUUACAGGAAGUUAUUGGUUGGUUAGAAUCAUACACAAAAGCCAACCCUAAAAAUAGUGCAUACGUCUUUUGUUUUGACCAUAAAGCUCCUGGUUGGUUCUUAUUAUUAUUCAAGGUCAACGUGAACACUCCUGUAACUACUUGGCACGUUAAAACCGAAUCUGAUGGAUAUAGAUUAAAGGGAUUUUCAUAUCCAAAUAUGUUGAGACUUUGUAAUGGUUUCAAGCAAACUUUCAAGUCAUAUGUAAAAGGAUUAGCCGACAGGUCCAGAGGAGGAGCUCCAACUUCAAGAGGUGGCGGAGCUCCACUGCAUGGGCAACCUUUGGGAACAUAUGGAGGAUAUGGAUUCUAA